CUCCUUUUGAAUCUUCUCCAAAAUUAUCUUCCGAAAGGAAUAAUCCUAAUUUCUUCUCUUCUUAAUUAUUUCCCAUGGAUAUAGAAAAGACCGGUAGCAGAAGAGAAGAAGAAGAACCCAUUGUUCAAAAGCCAAAGCUAGACAAAGGAAAAGGCAAAGCUCAUGUGUUUGCUCCUCCUAUGAACUACAGUCGAAUCAUGGAAAAACAUAAGCAAGAAAAGGUGAGUAUGGCCGGCUGGAAAAGAGGUGUAGCAAUAUUUGAUUUUGUACUUAGACUGAUUGCAGCCAUUACGGCCAUGGCCGCUGCAGCAAAGAUGGCAACCACAGAAGAGACUCUCCCUUUCUUCACUCAGUUCUUGCAGUUCAGUGCUGACUACACCGAUUUACCGACGUUGUCGUCUUUCGUUAUAGUAAACUCAAUCGUGGGCGGUUACCUAACCCUCUCAUUGCCUUUCUCCAUAGUCUGUAUCCUCCGGCCUCUCGCCGUGCCGCCAAGGCUCUUCCUCAUCUUAUGUGACACGGCGAUGAUGGGCCUCACAAUGGUGGCAGCAUCUGCUUCUGCAGCAAUAGUUUAUUUGGCGCACAACGGGAAUUCAAGCUCGAAUUGGCUUCCGGUUUGCCAGCAAUUUGGUGACUUUUGCCAAGGAACGAGCGGCGCCGUGGUGGCUUCCUUUAUUGCAGCGGCUCUUUUGAUGUUCCUCGUCAUCCUCUCUGCAUUUGCUCUCAAAUAAUAGACUUGAAAGUUUGCAAUUAAAAUUCAUUUGUGGGAAAAUUUUAAAAGGGUCAGAUGUAUGAUUUGGUUUCUUGUGUUGUGUAAAUCGAAUGUACUGUGGAUCAUGUUGUUUUUGUUA